AUGAACCCCAUCACGGAGGCGUAUCUCAAGUUCAUGCAAUAUGCGCUUGGCUUCUUCAACAAGCUUAACGCAAUGUUUCAGAACAAGGACAGCCUAAUCGCAGUCAUUCAAGAGGAAAGCCAAAGACUACUGAGGUGCCUAUGCCAGAAUUUCAUGAAGCCGUCUUCUAUUGAGGACCCUGCUAAACUCAAUCCACUCGACCCCAGAAAUCUGCUGGCCUUGGAGGAGCUGUACGUUGGAGCAGGCUGCCAGGGAAUCCUGGACAAGAUCACCAUGGAAGGAGGAUCAUCCGAAGUUCGUGACUUCAAGCUGCGCUGCAUGUCUUUUUAUCAAACCGCAGUGCUCGAAGUCCAGAAAAGGCUUCCGAUUUCCGGACCCUUCUUCCACGAAGUGCGGUUUGUGCAGCCCUCAACGGCAUUGAGCUACGAGGCCCGGAAACGUCUGCCAUCGUUGCCCGUGCUUCAAGAUCGCUACAAGCACCUCCUACCCAGUGUCGGCGAUGUUGAGCAAGAGUGGCGAAUGCUUCCCUCGUUCUUCACAGAGAGUGAGAAGAUUGAGCUGCAAACCAAGUCGCCAGACGCGUUCUGGGGUCAGGUGAGCAAGACGAAGACGUUCGAUGACAAACUAGUACUUCCUAACAUUGCUACCCUGGCAAAGCUGGUCCUCACCCUUCCUCACUCCAAUGCAGAAACAGAGCGCAUCUUUUCAAUGUUGAGUGACAUGAAGACCCGUAAAAGAAACAGGCUUGGGCCGGAGAGUGUCAACGCCCUGCUCUUGGUCAAGUCAGCCAUGGCUACCCGGGGAGAGACGUGUGUCAACUUCACUGUGAAAGAAGGACACAUGAAGCUCUUUAACAAGGAAAUGUACAACUAA